AUGUCGACAAGGCAAAACAUGCUGCGGACAAUGAUCCGGUUCGCAAGCAGAGAUGGCAUUCCCUCGUUGUGGUGGGGAAUCUCGGCUUCGAUGCUUCGCCAAUCCACAUAUUCCACCGCAAGAUUCGGCCUGUAUAAUUACUUUGCAGGUAUCGCCAGAGAACGAACUGGCCAGAGACGAUUACCGAGCUCGUGGGAGAUUGUCUGCGCGGGUGCUGCGGGUGGUUUGGCCGGACUCAUCGGGAAUCCCACAGAGGUCGCCUUGGUGAGGAUGUGCGCGGAUGGAGCAAGAUCGCCAGGUCAACGAUUCGGAUAUAACCACGCAGUUGACGCCAUUGUGAGGAUUGGCCGAGAAGAGGGACUGCGGACCUUUAGCAGAGGACUAGGCCCUAAUGUUGUCCGAAGUGUAAUUAUGAAUGUUUCUCAGAUAGCAACGUAUUCUGCCGCAAAGCGCCAACUCCUUUCAAACCCUUCCUUGGGCCUCAAAGAUGGCAUCUUCACACAUUUCCUCGCUUCAUUGCUUGCAGGCACAGUCGCAACAACUGCUUGCGCACCUGCCGAUGUAUUGAAGAGUCGGAUCCAAAAUGCGGUGGCCGUUGAUGGCGCGAAACCAAGUGUGAGGAAGAUUGUCGCCGAAUCUUUACGCAACGAGGGGCCUGGUUUUCUGAUGCGGGGCUGGACUCCUGCUUGGCUGAGGCUAGCGCCGAACACAGUUCUUACUUUCGUCUUCAUCGAGCAGCUGCAGAAAUUGGUGAACCUGUCAAGGGAUAUGAAGUCAGUCGAGACAGUUCCCGAUGUAGUGCCCACGCGAGUGGCAACCCAGAAGAUUUAA